AUGGCCGACGUUUGUGCGUGUUUGAGUGACUUGGUGGAAAAGAUUUGUUCUGCCAAGGAUCCCAAGGCGUUAGGUCCCCCACCAGCGCCAGCUGGGUCGCUUCCGGAGCCUGCGCCGGCCGCGCCGGCAGCCGCUGGUCGACCCAGUUCGGCGCCUAAGUCGCCGAAGUCACCCGCUGCCGAAGCGGACGAUGCCGGGGCUGGCGGGGCGGCCACGUUGGCAGUGCCGGAGGCGGAGAAGUUCGAGGCGACCAGUGACGGCCGCUCCAGUCGCGCCAAGCGCGCCCGGGAUGCCUCUCGGCGUGGCGCGGCGCGGAGUCCGCGCGCGAUGGUCCCUGCGGUGCUGCGGGAAGAUCCCGCCUCGCGGCCCUUCUUCUGUGGUCGCUGGCCCGGACGUCGCAACGACUAUGAGGGGGAGGCAGGAUUUCGCUUUGUCAUGGAGAUGGAUUGCGAGCUCACCGCACUGGGCCGCCCAGCAGAGCCACCCUUGGCCGAGCCCGCCAUGGUGUCGCUCUGGCAUGCGGGAUCUCAAGAGCUGUUAGCCUCAGCCAUGGUGGGUCCAGCCUCCCGAGUGGAUGGCUUCUAUGCAUGGGAGCCAUUGAUGGAGCCCAUCAUUUUAAGGGAGGGCCAGGAAUACAGACUUUCGCAGAGAUGUCGGGCGAACAUGCCCGACCGAUGGUCGGACGAGCUCACCAACGGCGAGGAGAUGGCGGGGAAGUCCUGGGCGUCGCUGGCACGUUUCCUCGGCGGCGUGUGCCGAAACAGCGCCGAACGCUUCCCCAACCGUUUGGAUGGAGAGCUUCGAAGACCCGGCAUCGUGAACUUCAAGGCGCUCCCGAGACCGAUGCCGGAGCCCGCGCUGGACACGGUCGACCGGGAAGACUUUGCAAAGGCCUUGGCUGUUGGACUGGCGGCAGAGGCCCAAGAGCUGGGCAUGGACGAGUUGGAGAUUCGCUUGGCCGCGCUCGCCGGGCUGCUGACCCUUUUCGUGGACGAGCUCAAUGGGGCGACGGCCAUGGCGUUGCUGGCACAUGAGGAUGAGCUUGAAAUCAUUGCUUCCAGUGCGGCUGCUUUUAGCCCCACAGGAACCUUGGAGUUGGCUGGAAGCUCUGUCUUUGAGAGCAAGGCCUUGUGCCAGGAGAUGUCCCUGGCAGCGAGGCGAAGUGGGAUGCUGGAUGCUGGACUGCUCUUGGUCUCCUUCACGGGAGAGGUCCUGGGCCUGGUGCUGAGGCCCCGCAGCCAGGGCUCCGACCCGGAGUCGCCCAUGGUCUUCGAUGUGGGGCGCCCGCUGCAGCCCUGGGAGUUGGCCAAGCAGUUGCCGGAGGGUCUGGCCUUUGCCAAGCGCAUGGGUGGGGAGGUCCUCGCGUAUGAUGUGACGCAAUUGCGGAAAGGUCGGGGUGGAGGACCUGAUCAAGUCCGAUCCUUUCAAUUUCGGAUGAUCGAGUUGCAGGAGCUCUUCACCGACCCGGAGCGGAGCUCGUUCUCGGUGGUGACGAUUCCCACGACCUUGGCGCUGGAAGAAACCAAACGUCUCCUUCAGCAGCUGGAGGAGCAAGACAUCCGUUGUGGCCUGGUGAUUGCGAAUCGCAUCCUGGACAUGGAGCAGGUUGGUCAACGAGCAGCUAGCCAGCAGAAAACCCAGCAGGUGGCGCUGGAGGCACUGGAAGCUCUUGCCAAACGAGAAGGGAUGGAGGUGAUCCGAGUGCCUUACCUGGACCGUGAAGUCCAGGGGAUUUAUGGUUUGCAGUAUUUAGGCAAGAGCCUGGUGGACGCCUGA